AUAUAGUGUAGAGUUUGGCAUUAAGCUGUUAAGUACCCCCAUAUUGCGGACAGUAAGAUUCUCGUUCAACCAGACGCUCGGCUGUUUCUUUACGGAGACAGCCUGGUUCAACAAGGCUACUAGCACUAUGUAUCUAUAUGAAGUGUGACGUCACCACACAAAGUCCAGCAGACGUCCGGCCAACAUCCGACUGAAGGUGACGAUGUUACGCAAGAACCGGAUAUAGUCAAGCGGACAUAACAUCGGACAGCGGAACUAGUAGUGGUUCUACGAACAAUUAAUUAUGACAUCCGUCAGUGAAUGAUACGGCUGAUAUGCAUGUGUAAUCAAAUGAAUUGGGAAUUUUCUACAUACAUUUUUGGAGGAUUUUGUUUCAUCAACUGUAUUACGUCCACCUGUUAUGGAUAGCCAAAUGAAAUGUUACGUCAAUAAUGUUCCUUUCUAUAGUGUGGAAAACAAUGGAGUUUGCAAAUUUCGUCAUUAUAAAUAAAACCAUACUUCAUGUUUGAGGGAUGCUUGAAGAAUGAUCGUGAAUGUAAUGUGAUAAAAGCAUUAGAUUUAGUUUUCCAAUUAUAACUGGAUUUGAAAAUAUAGCAGAAUGAUUUAAAACAAAAAUGGAUGCAUCGAAUGGUGGAGAUUCUGCUCAGUUUGAGGUGUAUGAAGACCCGGUAAACGGCUUGGAAAAUCAAAACCGCGCCUCCUCUGCCUCAAACCCCGUGUAUUCAUUGGCUAAACCAAUCCCUCCAGACUACGAACUCCUGUCACACGCCUCAACUUUGAAUGACCCUGUCGCCACGGAAACACAAAAUUCGGAAACCCUUAAAAGUUCCGGAUAUGAGGAGUUGGGGGCUGUUGGACCUCAAAACCCGAAGGGUUACGAAUUUGUGGACGCUAUUCAAGCUGGUCCUCAUGAAUACGAGCUGGUUUCUGAGAUUGCACAAACGCGGGAAAAGAAAGUGGCCCCGUAUGAAGGUCUAAUAAAAGAAUAUUCUUUUGACGUCACAAUCAUUCAAACCCCGGAUGUGAAAGAACUCAAUUUAACAAGACGCUAUAAACUCAUUUUGGGAAACUUGUCUAUAAUUCUGCGCCCAAGGGUGCCGCUUCCCCACGAGUCGUCCGAACCCGAGCCAAUUUACACCUGGUAUUACGCCGACAUCAGGCGGUACAGCUUCAGCAAACAGAUGCGGGAAUUCGCAAUUUAUUGUGGCCGGAAUUGUCCGACCCCGGAAAAAAUCAUCUGCUUCCGGGUCAAAACGGAUCUUGUCCAACUUCUGCAGGUGGUGAAUGAGAAGACCGGGGGUGCGUUCGAAGCGGAGCUGGCGAGUAUCAAAGUGAAGAAACGCGUGUGUGUGGUGUCUUAAUGGCGAAUUAUGUAUACUGUGUACUUGUAUUAUAUUGUGUACAGCCAAGAAUUACUUUUCAAUUUCCGAUAUGUUUUAUCCUCUCUAUGUCUAGCGUACAUAAUAUAUAAUUACCCAGAGAUUCACAUUUUCUGGCACUCAAAAGACUGGUUGUGGAAAAUCUUACUGUGCAUAUAAUUAAAUGGCAUGCAUACAUGUACAUGCACAUGUUUGAUUUAUACAAGUUCCUUUAAUUUAUACAUGUAGAUCUACAUAUAUACAAUGAUUAUGAUCACAUGGAACAUAAUUAUAUACAUGUGGCUAAAUGACUGAAAAUAAAAUGAAAUAAAAUGUA